ACGUCACAUUUAAGCGACGUCUCAUGCCCAUUUUGACAUUACACUGCGAAUGAAAUGAGUACAGUUAAAUACAGCAGAACAUUUAUUAUCUUUUGUAAACAUUGAACUGAAUAUUUAAAAGAUGUGAUAUGCGUCUCGCUUAUGUGAAGUCUAAAACUGCAUAGUUUUGUUUUUAAAGGUGUACUCAACAUGAUGUGGCUGAAGCUUGCCAGGUCAACCAGGUGGAUAUGUCGCCACGACAACGUAGUGAUGCCAAGACCGUACAUCAGAAGUUUAUCUAAAGGCUCCUUCAACCUGGACAUCAGAGUUCAAACCAACCAGCCUUCUUGCCCCAGGUCUCACCUCUUUAACUGCCAUCCCUCCUCCAUACUUGCCCUGGGGCUUCAGCACAGAAGAACUGUGACCACAGAUCGACCGGGCUGGUAUGAAAGCAUAGCAGAAUCCACCCCUGUAUGCAUGACAGAGCAGCUCCUGGUGUCCACUCAGCAGAUAACUGGGCUGCCGUGGUGGGCCAGCAUCAUGUGCACCACGCUGGCUCUGCGUACUGCUGUCACGCUUCCUUUGGGAAUCUACCAGACGAUCAUCAUCGCAAAGGUUGAAGCUCUGCAGAAGGAGAUUGCUGUGUUAGCCCGCCAGUUACGUUUUGAGAUCUCUGUGAAAGCCAAAGAGAAGGGCUGGUCAGAGAGAACAUGCAAGUUUCACUUUAAGAAGAAUCUCAAGCGAAUCGUGUCUGAGCUUUACAUCCGUGAUAACUGCCACCCAUUCAAGGCCAGUUUGCUGAUUUGGGUGCAGCUGCCCAUGUGGGUGUGUUUGUCUUUGGCCUUGCGAAAUCUCAGUCUGGGAAUAGGACAUGUUCCUCUCGCAUCUGACGCGGCACUGGCGACGGGAGGCACCCUGUGGUUCCAAGACCUCACUCUUCCCGACUCCACCUGGAUAAUUCCUGUUUCUCUUGGCCUCAUCAACCUAUUUAUCACAGAGAUAUUCGCACUGAGACAAAUAGAGCCUUCAAAGUUCCAGAAGUACGUAACCAACUUCAUCCGAGGAAUAUCUCUGGUGAUGAUUCCUGUAGCCGCCACAGUCCCGUCUUCCAUGUCUCUGUACUGGCUCAUCUCCAGUUGCGUUGGAUUAGCACAUAACCUGCUCUUGAGGUCUCCACGUUUCCGAAGUGUCUGUCGAAUCCCUCCGACACGCUCGGACUCUGAAUCUCCAUACAAGGACAUUGCAGCUGCCUUUGUGGCCAAGUACAUUAAAUAGUAAAGGAGUUAAACAAGCAUCCAUCCCUCAGAAAUGUUUUAUGUGACUAGAGAUUAUCUUAAUUGAUUAUUUAGGAAAUUAUUUUAUGAUGAAAUUGAAAAUAAAAACUGAAAAGUGC